UCCCAACUCUAGAACCUGGGGCACACACGAAUCGUUUGCUCAACCAUCCGGUCAGGAAUUGAAUCUAAAUCUAAAAUCACAUACCAAACAGACCUGAAAUAACUAUACAGAACCGAGAGUAGGGUCCUCAAGAGCAAACCUAUAUCAUUUUCUAACCAAAAUUUUUCACGCAACCGCGAUUACGAUGAGCACUGAACCGAAUGGAGGUGUUAAUGAGGAGGAGACGGUGCAAAAUGUGAAUGCCAAGCGAUUGGCUUUGGAUCGGGCUCUGACUAAUGUGGUGAGUCUGGCCCGCCGUCUGAAUUUCACCAGCACUGAGGGCUAUGGAUGUCUUGAAGAACCCUUGGAGAUGGCAGUACCAAAAGAUUUUAAGCAAAUAGAAGACACCGCAAGCUCUUCACCCGUGAAGACGGGCUCUGGCAAACUCUGUCCAAAGCGUAAGCCGUAUACUCCAGUGCGUUCCAUGCCCAAGGGAUCCAAACUCCUCAAGACGGAAACCAUACCGCGAACACCGCGUGGCGUCCAGUGUUUGACCGCUCAUCUGCCGGUGCCACCACCACCACCGCCGCCCUCACCUCGCUGCCCACAGGCCCGGGAACUUUGUUUGGCCCUGGAGAGGUCCGACAAUCUGAAGAUCCAGUUCGGCAAGACCGACGAGAUUUUGGAUCAAUUGCUAUUCGAUGCCAAGGCCAUCGAUCGCCAGGUGGCCAUCCAGUGCCAAAUGCAAAGGGAUGCGGAGUUGAUCCGCAGCCUGGAGGUGGAGUACAGUGGGCGAUCCAUCAGAUACCUUAUAGAGGCCAUUCAGGCGGACUGCGAGAGCCAGCAUGUCCAGGAGCUUCGGAAACGAUGUCUGGAUACCCUGAAACGCCACGAGGAACGGGAAAUGCAGCUGGAAUCCGAAGAAGAAGAUCCAGAUCAGGAACAGGAUCAGGAUCCAGAGCAGGAUCAGGAUCCAGAGCAGGAUCAGGAUUCAGAGCAGGAUCAGGAUCAGAACGAGGGCACCGGCAUCGGCAAGGGCACUCAAACCGAUUUUUAUCAAUAUCAGAAUGAGAUUGAAUCAACACUGAUUGAGCUGGAGCCUUCAAUGGAUUCGCAGGACCACGAAGCUUUUCAUGCAGGAAGGUUCGGAGCAGGCGAUGGUCACCAAGACCAGAAGAAAAUCCAAAAAAAAAUCCAGGAUGAAGACAUCUUUCCAAUUGGAUAGCAUUUCAAUAAAGAU